UUCUGUGGUGAAGUCAAGGGGCUGGGCGUCAGCAGCCACAGGCCAAGUCAGGAAAUCUGUUUUUUUUUGUGUGAGACUGCUCCCUUGUGUGAAAGAAUUUGCCCUUGUGUGUUUAGGGACGAGUUUCUCUUCUCUCCACUGCAUUCCUGCUCAUUCACAGCUCAAGCGUGUUCCUUUACCCAACCAACUAACCUUCCAGCAUGCUCCACUUCCAGCCAGCACCUGGUCAGUUCGGCCCUGAAGUCCGUGAUCCGGGUUUGUGGGUGUGGAGGGUGGAGAAGAUGAAGGCGGUGCUGCUGGAUCCCUCCGAGGUGGGGUCUUUCUAUAACGGGGACUCGUAUUUGGUGCUCAAAAACGACGGCGAGCAGGGAGCAGACCUCCACAUGUGGAUAGGAGAGAAGUCGUCUCGGGAUGAGCAGGUUGCAUGUGCCAUGCUGGCCACCCAGCUAGACAACUUUCUGGGCGGUGACCCCGUUCAGCAUCGACAGGUUCAGGGCUUUGAGACGCCAGAGUUCAUGGCGCUCUUCCCUAGAGGAAUCAGCUACAAGGAUGGCGGAGUGGAGUCGGGCUUUAGGAGGACUCAGGGGUCCGGACCGGUGCACAGGUUGUACCAGAUCAAAGGGAAACGCAACAUCCGUGCCAAGGAGGUGGAGCUGAGCUGGAGCAGCUUCAACAAGGGCGACUGCUUCAUCCUUGAUCUUGGAGAGAUUAUCGUGUCGUGGAUUGGAUCGCAGGCCAACAUCUUCGAGAAACAGAAAGUGCGUGAAAUUGCUUCGUUGAUCCGUGACACCGACCGACAUGGCAAAGCUCGAAUUGUGGACAUCACUGAGGGGGAGGAGCCGGAGGAGAUGCUUAAGGUGCUGGGACAGAAGCCGGAGCUCGCAGAGAGCACGCCAGAGGAAGACAGCAAAGCGGACGCUUCCAAUUCUGCUGCUCUUUACAAGGUGUCUGAUGCAACCGGUUCCAUGACGAUGACCAAAAUCUCAGAGAAGAGCCCGUUUGCCCAGGAGCUGCUUGUCCGUGAUGACUGCUUCAUCCUAGACAACGGAGCCAACGGAAAAAUCUUCGUCUGGAAAGGUAACGGAGCGAACGCCGAGGAGAAGAGGGUGGCCCUGCAGAUGGCCGACAGCUUCAUCCAGCAAAUGAAGUACCCCAUAAUGAAGACGCAGGUGGAAAUUCUGCCACAAGGGAAGGAGACCAUCAUCUUCAAGCAGUUCUUCAAGAACUGGAAUUGAACCUUCGACAAAGAAGCUGAAGAAUCUCCCUCUGAUUUUUUUAUACACAUUUCUCUCUGGAUUUCAGCUGAAUCAGAGACAUGAUGCCACUUUUGUAAAAAUUCCAAAAAUUGUUUCAUGUGGGGAAAAUUUCAAGCAUCAUCAGAGUUAUUUGUUAAUAUACAACAUAAAAACUUUACAGAAGAGCAAGAUAUUAAACAUGGGUGCGGAUCCACUGAAAUAAUAAAUCCUGAAAGUUA